AUUUUUUGCCCUUUUGUUGGGUCUGACUCGGACUAGUGACACUUCCGUCUCAGCUCGAAUAUUUUUAUCUGGAAUGGCUGUCGGUUCUUGAGAUGAUACCACCACUGAAUGUCUCCUUGUCAUUGUCUAGUCCAACCUAGACAUGUGGAUAUCCACAAGGUUCCGGCAAAACCUUUUUCAGGUCAUGUCGGGCAUGGAGCUGAAGCACCAUGAACAGCCCGUGGUUCUGAGAGAGGACAACGGCCGCCGGCGCCGGAGGAUGAAGCCGCGCAGCUCCGCAGCCAGCCUGUCCUCCAUGGAGCUCAUCCCCAUCGAGUUCGUGCUGCCCACCAGCCAGCGCAACAGCAAGACCCCUGAGACGGCGCUGCUGCACGUGGCCGGCCACGGCAACGUGGAGCAGAUGAAGGCCCAGGUGUGGCUGCGCGCGCUGGAGACCAGCGCGGCGGCGGACUUCUACCACCGGCUCGGGCCGGACCACUUCCUCCUGCUCUACCAGAAGAAGGGCCAGUGGUACGAGAUCUACGACAAGCACCAGGUGGUGCAGACCCUGGACUGCCUGCGCUACUGGCAGGUGCUGCACCGGAGCCCGGGCCAGAUCCACGUGGUGCAGCGGCGCGCGCCCUCCGAGGAGACGCUGGCCUUCCAGCGGCAGCUCACCGCCCUGAUCGGCUACGACGUCACCGACGUCAGCAACGUGCACGACAACGAGCUCGAGUUCACGCGCCGCCGCCUGGUCACGCCGCGCAUGGUCGAGGUGGCUGGCCGCGACCCCAAGCUCUACGCCAUGCACCCGUGGGUGACCUCCAAGCCCCUCCCGGAGUAUCUGCUGAAGAAGAUCACCAACAACUGCAUCUUCAUCAUCAUUCACCGGAGCACCACCAGCCAGACCAUCAAGGUCUCGGCCGACGACACCCCAGGCACCAUCCUCCAGAGCUUCUUCACGAAGAUGGCCAAGAAGAAGUCUCUGAUGGAUAUCCCGGAGAGCCAAAGCGAACAGGAUUUUGUGCUGCGCGUCUGCGGCCGGGACGAGUACCUGGUAGGUGAAACGCCCAUCAAAAACUUCCAGUGGGUGAGGCAUUGCCUCAAGAACGGAGAGGAGAUUCACCUGGUGCUGGACUCGCCUCCAGACCCAGCCCUGGACGAGGUGAGGAGAGAAGAGUGGCCACUGGUGGACGACUGCACGGGAGUCACUGGCUACCACGAGCAGCUGACCAUUCACGGGAAGGACCACGAGAGUGUGUUCACCGUGUCCCUGUGGGACUGCGACCGGAAGUUCAGGGUCAAAAUCAGAGGCAUUGAUAUCCCUGUCCUGCCCCGGAACGCCGACCUCACGGUUUUUGUGGAGGCAAACAUCCAGCACGGGCAGCAGGUCCUUUGCCAGAGGAGAACCAGCCCCAAACCCUUCACGGAGGAGGUGCUCUGGAACGUAUGGCUUGAGUUCAGUAUCAAAAUCAAAGACUUACCCAGAGGGGCUCUACUGAACCUCCAGAUCUACUGCAGCAAAGCUCCAGCGCUGUCUGGCAAGGCCUCUGCAGAGACUCCCGGUUCCGAGUCCAAAGGCAAAGCUCAGCUUCUCUAUUACGUGAACCUGCUGCUGAUAGACCACCGGUUCCUGCUGCGCCACGGGGAGUAUGUGCUCCACAUGUGGCAGAUUUCCGGAAAGGGAGAAGACCAAGGGAGCUUCAAUGCAGACAAGCUCACGUCGGCAACCAACCCAGACAAGGAGAACUCCAUGUCCAUCUCCAUUCUUCUGGACAACUACUGUCACCCAAUCGCCUUGCCUAAGCAUCGGCCCACCCCUGACCCCGAAGGGGACCGGGUUCGAGCGGAAAUGCCCAACCAGCUUCGGAAGCAACUGGAAGCGAUCAUAGCCACUGAUCCACUUAACCCUCUCACGGCAGAGGACAAAGAAUUGCUCUGGCAUUUUAGGUAUGAAAGUCUUAAGCAUCCAAAGGCCUAUCCUAAACUGUUUAGCUCCGUAAAAUGGGGACAGCAAGAAAUUGUAGCCAAAACAUACCAACUGUUAGCCAGACGGGAGGUCUGGGACCAAAGUGCUUUGGAUGUUGGGUUAACGAUGCAACUCCUGGACUGCAACUUUUCGGAUGAAAACGUAAGAGCCAUCGCAGUUCAGAAACUGGAGAGCUUGGAGGACGAUGAUGUCCUGCAUUACCUGCUACAGCUGGUCCAGGCUGUGAAAUUUGAACCAUAUCAUGACAGCGCCCUGGCCCGAUUUCUGCUGAAGCGAGGCUUAAGAAACAAAAGAAUUGGUCAUUUCUUGUUUUGGUUCUUGAGAAGCGAGAUAGCCCAGUCCAGGCACUAUCAGCAGAGGUUCGCCGUGAUCCUGGAAGCCUAUCUGAGGGGCUGCGGCACGGCCAUGCUACACGACUUCACCCAACAAGUUCAAGUGAUCGAGAUGCUGCAGAAGGUCACCAUUGAUAUUAAAUCGCUCUCUGCUGAAAAGUAUGAUGUCAGUUCCCAAGUUAUUUCACAACUUAAGCAAAAGCUCGAAAACCUGCAGAAUUCAAAUCUCCCAGAAAGCUUUAGAGUGCCGUAUGACCCUGGACUGAAGGCAGGAGCAUUAGUGAUUGAAAAAUGCAAAGUGAUGGCCUCCAAGAAAAAGCCCCUGUGGCUUGAGUUUAAAUGUGCUGACCCUACAGCCCUAUCCAAUGAAACGAUUGGAAUCAUCUUUAAACAUGGUGAUGAUCUGCGCCAAGACAUGCUGAUUUUACAGAUUCUACGAAUCAUGGAAUCCAUUUGGGAGACUGAAUCUUUGGAUCUGUGCCUCCUGCCAUAUGGUUGCAUUUCAACUGGGGACAAAAUAGGCAUGAUCGAGAUCGUGAAAGAUGCCACGACAAUUGCUAAAAUUCAGCAAAGCACAGUGGGCAACACGGGCGCAUUCAAAGAUGAGGUCCUGAAUCACUGGCUCAAAGAAAAAUGCCCUAUCGAAGAAAAGUUUCAGGCAGCCGUGGAGAGAUUUGUUUAUUCCUGCGCUGGCUACUGUGUGGCUACCUUUGUUCUUGGAAUAGGCGACAGGCACAACGACAAUAUUAUGAUCACAGAGACAGGAAACCUAUUUCAUAUUGACUUUGGACACAUUCUUGGGAAUUACAAAAGUUUCCUGGGCAUUAAUAAAGAGAGAGUGCCAUUUGUGCUAACCCCAGACUUCCUGUUUGUGAUGGGAACCUCUGGAAAGAAGACAAGCCUGUACUUCCAGAAAUUUCAGGACGUCUGCGUCAAGGCUUACCUAGCCCUUCGUCACCACACAAACCUGCUGAUCAUCCUGUUCUCCAUGAUGCUGAUGACGGGAAUGCCCCAGUUAACAAGCAAAGAAGAUAUCGAAUAUAUUCGGGAUGCCCUAACAGUGGGGAAGAAUGAGGAGGAAGCUAAGAAGUAUUUCCUUGAUCAGAUUGAAGUUUGCAGGGACAAAGGAUGGACGGUGCAGUUUAACUGGUUCCUGCACCUUGUUCUGGGCAUCAAACAAGGAGAGAAACAUUCAGCCUAAUUCUCCGGGCUAGAAUGCAAAACCCGUUCGUGUCCUAAAGCUUUAAGUCAGCAUGUCCGUCAUCGGACUCGGAUCUAAAAUGUAACAGGACAUCAUGAAGGCUGGCACCUGAGAAAGACAGCCCUGUUCCUGGCUGAACUCUUCACAGGAAGAAAACAUUGGCAUGUCAGAUUGUCUCAGGCACGUUCGGUUUUAGGCUUACGCGCAGGUUUCUUUUUUUCUCAUUCGCCUCGGUGAUGUUGGAGAACAUUCUUAGUUUAAACACAUUACUUCCUCAUUGUGCCUGCUGAUUUGACUACCUUAUUAUUGAGUGCUUCUUGAGAGUAAUUGGUGACAUCUCUUUUCAUGUGGGUUUACUCUCAAUUUUGGUUAUUCUUGUGUUCCUCACGCCCUUGAGAGAAAAAGAUGUCAUCACCAUAACCUUUCUGUCAUUCCCCAAAGGACACUUCCAAACAUCCCCUUCCAUGUCUGGAGAGGUUAGCGAUUUGCUAAACGCAAAAGGAAGGAGACUUAGCCUUUCCAUUGUCUUUUGUAAUUAGGGUCUUUUACAGUAUACAACUGAGAUGCACAAACACACUGGAAAACCCGAACCUUUGUAUCCUGACCCUUCCCUGCUGGUCUGGCUGCAGGGUUACAAAGAGGAAUAGCAGAGAUGAAACCAUUCGUCUCAACUCUGCCCAAGAGUAAAUGUCAAGUACAGUUACCCCAGCCUUCGCUACUAUGGAAACAGGAGGAAACUAAAGGGACUUUUUUGUUUGUUUGUUUGUUUGUUUUACAUUUUUAUCUUCCUCCCUGCCUCCCCCCUUCUUCCUUAAUGGCUAACCCUCCCACAACUUUUUAUCCAAGUUGUGAAAUCCUCAAGAACACAUCGACCCUAGAAUUCAAACAGCAGUUGAAAAACAAUUUCUCCUCUAGGGUUACUGGAAUUUUAGGUACUUAUUUGUAAAAAUGUUUGGUGGAGUUUUUUUUUUUUAAGUGUAUUAUUAAAGAGGACAUUCUAGGAAAUAUGGAUUUGUUUCCAAAUGCCUUAAUUUUAAAUUUUAGCCUAAGCAGUUUUUUCUUUCUUUUUCAAUGGAAGAAGGUCUUUGAGAUCUAAAUAGUACUUCAAGUUAGGAAGAACACUACGUGCCCUAGCCAUCUCUCAGUUUUAAAGGACUUUGAAACUCUGACAUAUUCUUCAGAUUUCCUAGAAAUUGAAAUGUCUUCUUCAAAAACUAUUUUCAUCUCCUAAAUAUUCUGCUAUUUAUUGGAAGCAUUGUUUAACCGUAGAGAAAGAUUGUUACAUUAUUUAUAAAGUAUUUUAAAAUUACGUAUAGUUACUACUUUACCUAGAAAUAACUCUGUUAACAGUGUCUACGUUUAAACAUAAUCAGAUAUAAAUAGAUAUUUAACUUAAAAUUUUUCUAAAUAGAUACCUGUUUAAUUUCGGUGUAGCCCAAACCCUUCAUUUUGUAUAUGCAAAAACCCUUUGAUGGUAUAGAUAACACUGCUUCCUUGCCCACUGAGCCUUUCCCCUGGCUCAUAAGGGGUCUAGAAAGAACUCUUCCUUGACAACUUGUCCUUUUAAAAUCACACUCUGUCCCCCUGUAGAGAGGACCAUGCCCUGUACUGAAAUGUUUAAUCCUCUGUCCUAAUGGAAGGUAGAUAUUUUAUGGCAUUUUUACAACAACUAUUCCCCACCAUUCUUUUGAAGAAGAAUAGGAAGAAUGAUGCUUUUUAAUUCAGAAGAGGAUGUAUUCAUUAUUCUUAUAAAGAGCAGUGGAGCGUGGCCUUGCACAGAUUUGAAUUGCUGAAAUCAUCUUUGAUAGAAGAAUUACAGAGCAAUGUAUUUAUAUUUAGCUUAUUGGCACAUGGGCAUACCUAUUUUCUCUUCAAACAAACAGGUUCUUAGGCUGGUACACAUCACAUUGUGCUUCAUUCCCCCAUAUUUCACUGAAGGUAGAACAUUAACUCUUCAGAUUUGCCUACAAAAAUCACCUUUGUGUGUUUCCUUCCUUUAUUUCUCCCAGGGAAUCACGUGACCCACAACUUUUAGAUCUUUGAAAACGUUCUAGAACCAGGGUCAUCUCACCCUGGGAGGAGAUUUCGGGGAACUAUCCACAACUCAGUCUUCACUGUCAGAUGAAAACAGAGAUUACAAGUCAGAUGAUUCAGGUCAAAGCAGAUUUUGUGUGUGUCCAGUACCAGCUACAUAAUUUGCAGAGUCCAAUGCAAAAUGGAAAUGUGGGGGCCUGCCAUUCAAAAAUUAAGAAACUCAAGAUGGCAACAGCAGAGCAUGAAACCAAGCACAGGACUCCACAGGUCACAAACCCAUGAAGCUGGAACUGAAUGUAUCUGAAUAAUGGCUUCAGUGCUCAAUUUUACAUUUGGACUAUGCAUGAGUUCAGAUAAAGCACCCAGAUCAAAAUGUUAUUUCUGUUCUAAUUAAAAUACCUCAUCUCUGUGGCUGUACAUUAGGACUUAAAACACUGGCCCAUUGUUUUUGGACUGGAACCAUGGCCGCUCAAAGUAGAGCAAAGCACGUGUUCGAGGCCUAGCCUCAAAUGACUGUUUUUGACUAGCUUUGGUGAAAGUGUGAGGGAGUGGAGACAUUAUAGAUAAAAUAUAGAAAUCCCUAGAAAAAACGUUUAACUUUUAAGAAAGUAACUUAAGUUAAUAUAUUUUAUAGGAGAUGAAUUUUUUUUUUAAAGAAAGAUUAGAUAUAGGAAUUCUGCAGGAUAACUUGGAGGCUGCGAGUCCUCUGUAAAUGGAAAUUAUUUUUGGAAAUGAGCCAAAAAAUAAUUUAGAAAGUAAGUUUCUGGAGCAAAUUUGGCAUUUGGUAAACUAGGCUCUAUUUGCCAUGGUUAUGAAAUAAAUUGUCAAUUGUGUUUUAUGAUACAAAGAAAAAAAUGGAGGGAUUUUUAAGUGUUCUGCUGUCUUAUUUCUGUUUAACCCAACCUAAUAAUUCUAGUCAAUAAAUGUGGUUCUAGUCUGUGUA